AUGUAUGCACUCCGCUCAUGUACAAGUCAUCAUGAAGAAAUGAACUCACAUCCAUCACGUUUAAUUGCUUCAGCAUUAUUGGUAAGACCACCGCCCGUUAAUUCUUGUACACAUACCGUUUAUAAUUUGCAUCCAAUACCAGUUGUCGUUAAUAGAAAAAAAUAUAUUUAUACUAGUAUGCCAACAACGUUCGGUCUUAAUCUAAUAGAUCAAGCUUUAACCAAAUGA